CUUCAACAGCCUCAACCCAAACGUGUCCACCUCCCCGGCGCUCCCUUCCUCCGAGACUUUCUUGACCCGGUUGACCUUCAACGUCACCCUCAGCCUUUCCACAAAGCCAUAUUUGAGUGGCUCGAAACCAUUGGGACGGAUAGGAAGAGGCGCUGCCGGCCCGACUGCCAUCUUUCCCGACCAGAUCGACACUUUUCUCUCCCCAACAGCGAAGAGCUUGUGUCAAGACGACUAGCAAGGUCGGCCCCAAUAAUGGACCAGACACUAUAUGAGGAUGGGUUCGCGAUCCCGCAGGGGCCUGCCUCCAUUUCGGCCAUCACGGGCGUGACCCCUAACUCCAGUCGAUCAACCGAGAGAAGCUUGGUUGAAGAACCAUUCUACCGGGACUAUAAUCUUGCUGUAAACGGCAUUUAUAUGCAGCAUCCAUGCGACCCGCUUCCCGAAGAUCUGUCGAAGUUGGUGGAUUCGAUGCGCCGUGACAGGAAAUCUCCUGGCCCAUCCGUCGACGAGGUCGAGAAUAAUAGAGAGCUGCAGGGCUUGUUGCUGGGGGCCGAGGCGUUUGAGGUCGAGGACUAUUUCAAGCACCACAUUGUCCCUUCCAUCGAGGCGACUGACCAGCUCCAAUGGAGUGGACGAGAGCCGAUGGCUAAGCACACUCUUCCCCCAUUGCAAUCCAACUACAAAGUCAGCAACCCCGCCCCCGAUCUGCUCUAUGGAUACCGCAAGCUCCAGGCUUUUCCAGAGGAGAGACAGCAAACUCAACUCAUUUCGAUGGGACCAGAGCUCAUGGCAACCGAUGGAAGCCCGAGUUUGAUCUACCCGUUCUUUACUGUCGAAUUCAAGGGAGAUAGUGGAAACAUGUGGGUAGCGACGAACCAAUGUCUUGGAAGUGGUACGGCAUGCGUACAUCUUGAUGAACGCCUGAAUGAGCAGCUUAAGCAAUCUGGCAGCGAGAACGUGAAACUCAUUGAUUCCGCGGCGUUCAGUAUUGCCAUGAACACUGGGCUCGCGUGCCUUUUCGUCUCGUGGAAGCAUUUCGAACUCGAUUACUAUACGGCACACGUUGAUACUUUUGCGCUACAGCAGCCUGAACACUACAUCAAGUUCCGAAAAUACGUUCUAAACAUCCUCGAUUGGGGCAAGGACAAACGGCUCCGCGAAAUCCAGGGGUCUCUUGACACGCUGGUGGAGAACAGGAAGAAGGUGUCCGCGGCGUCAAAAUCUCGACCGGCGCCCUUUGACGAACCCGACACCGGCUGCAAGAGAUACAAGACCAGCGAGAGAACGCAGGAGUGA